AUGUCGGCACAGACGGUCGACAUCCCGGAGCCCCCUCGAAUCCCGCUCUUGGGCAAUGUCACUGACAUCGACAUGGAGUAUCCUUUGGGAUCCUUCCUUCACCUGGCCAACAAAUACGGACCGAUCUACCGGGUGGACCUGCUUGGUCAGAAGCUCGUCUGGGUCAACACACAUGCUCUUGUAAACGAGAUCUGCGACGAUAAGCGGUUUAAGAAGAGUAUCGAGGGAGACCUUCAAGAGUUGCGGGAAGCCGUACACGAUGGCUUGUUUACUUCAAAAGGCGUGGAAGAAGAGAAUUGGGGAGUCGCUCACCGGGUAUUGAUGUCGGCCUUCGGUCCUCUAUCUAUCAGAGGCAUGUUUGACGACAUGCAUGACAUCGCCGCACAACUGGCUAUGAAGUGGGCCAGAUACGGAUCAUCGACUCCGAUCCCAAUCGGCGAAGAUAUGACCAGGCUCACCAUGGACACAGUCGCUCUUUGCUCGAUGGGCUUCAGAUUUAACUCGUACUAUCGCGAAGAGACGCACCCGUUCAUCACCGCCAUGUACGCGGUGUUGAAGGAGGCCGGCGACAAGGGUCUUCGCGUGCUGCCCCAGAUGUUCUACAAGAAGCAGGACAAAAAGUACAAGCAGAACAUCAGCAUCUUGCGCACGACCGCCAGAGAAGUCCUGGAAGCUCGUAGGGCUGACCCCAACGGUUCCGACGGUCGCAAGGAUCUUCUGACAGCGAUGCUCAACACCGUUGAUACCGUUACGGGCCGGAAGAUGACGGACGAGAGCAUCAUCGACAAUCUGAUCACGUUCUUGGUCGCGGGUCACGAAACCACUGCAGCGACUUUCACUUUCACCAUGUACUGGAUGGUCAAGAAACCGGAAGAGUAUCGUAAGGUUCAGCAGGAGGUCGACAGUGUCGUUGGCGACGGCCCCGUCCGCCUCGAACAUGUCGGCAAGUUGAAGUAUUUGGCUGCUGUCUUGCGGGAAGUCCUUCGCUUCAGCGCCCCCAUCCCAGGCUUCGGAAGAGAGGCGAUGAAGGAUGAGAUCAUCGGUGGCAAGUACCCGGUGAAGGCGGGAGAGAUGAUCAUUGCCAACCUGGCCAAAUCGCACUUCGAUCCGGCGGUCUACGGCGACGAUGCCGACGAGUUCAAGCCCGAGAGAAUGCUGGACGACAACUUCGACCGCCUCAUGAAGGAAUUCCCCAACUGCUGGAGCCCAUUCGGCACUGGAAUGCGCGGGUGCAUCGGGCGUGCCUUCGCCUGGCAGGAGAUGCUGCUCGCUCUCGCCGUCCUCUUCCAGAACUUCAACUUCGUCGCGCAGAACCCCAACUACGAUCUCAAAAUCGCCCAGACACUUACGAUUAAGCCCAAGGACUUCUACAUCCGGGCCAUUCUGAGGGAGGGUCUGACGCCCGCUCUUCUCGAGGCUCGUUUGGCUGGGUCGAUCAUUGCGAAGGGUGGCAACAACAAGGACUCGAAGGCAAGCCAGCAGACCAAAGAGACCACCAACGGUGCGAACGGCUCAUCCGAGGGAAGCAAGCUCACCGUUCUCUAUGGGUCCAACUCUGGGACCUGCGAGUUCAUGGCCCAGAGGCUUGCUAGCGACGCUCAAUCUCAUGGUUUCAGCGCCACGGUAGACUCUCUCGACACUGCCAGAGAGUCUAUCCCAACGGAUCGUCCGGUUGUCAUCGUCACGUCGUCUUACGAGGGUCAACCGCCGCACAAUGCGGCCCUGUUUGUUGACUGGUUGACCAACUUGAAAGGCAAAGAGCUGAAGAAUGUCUCGUAUGCCGUUUUCGGUUGUGGACACGCAGAUUGGGUGAAGACGCUCCAGCGCAUCCCCAAGCUGGUCGAUUCGACCCUCGCAGAACGUGGAGCAACUCGCCUCAUCCCGCUUGGCACAACCGACGCCAAGGACCGUGACAUGUUCUCCGACUUUGAGUCCUGGGAAGACGAGAACCUCUGGCCUGCCCUCGUGAAGCAGUUCGGUGGCCAGACGCAAGCGGAUGACAGCGGCAUCUCCGACGUAGGCAUUUCGGUUUCUUUCUCUACGCCACGAGCUUCGACCCUUCGUCAGGAUGUCAAGGACGCUCUGAUUCUGGAGUCGCGUUCUCUCGUCAAGGGCGACACCGGUCCUGUCAAGAGACAUAUUGAGAUCCAGUUGCCUACAGAUAUGCGCUACAGCGCGGGAGACUACAUGGCAAUCCUCCCGCACAAUCCCAAGGACACCAUCGCAAGGGUCAUGCGUCGUUUCCACUUGACCUGGGACUCUCAUGUCACCAUCCAGGCCUCUGGACCUACGACUCUACCCACCAACGCCAGCAUUCCGGUCUCCGAUGUCCUCAGCUCAUACGUUGAGCUGUGUCAGACUGCCACAAAAAGGAACAUUUCGGGCCUUGCCCAACUCUCCAAAGACGAAGAUGUUCGUAGCAAACUUCAGCUCCUGUCAGCUGAUGGCUACGACAGCGAAGUCAGAAGCAAGAGACUAUCCGUGCUGGACAUCGCCGAGCGCUUCCCUUCCUUGACUAUCCCUUUCAACCACUUUUUGCUGAUGCUGCCACCGAUGCGCGUCCGUCAAUACUCAAUUUCCUCUUCUCCUCUCGCGGAUCCUGGCGUCGCAACACUCACCUAUAGUGUUCUGGAUGAGCCCGCAUUGUCUGGACAAGGGCGACACAUCGGCGUCACAUCCUCUUACCUCUCAUCCCUCACCGCAGGGGACAGAGUCCAGAUUGCUGUCAGACCAGCACAAGGAGGCUUUAAGCUACCUCUUGACAUGGACAAGACUCCUCUGCUAUGUGUUGCCGCCGGCACAGGGUUGGCUCCCUUCCGCGCCUUCUUCCAAGAGCGCGCAGUCCUCAUCGGCAACGGUCUUUCCCUAGCGCCCGCCAUCCUGUUCUUUGGGUGCCGCGACCCGUCCACCGACGACUUGUACCGAGAGGAAUUCGACAGCUGGGAGGCCGCCGGAGUAGUCAAGGUCUACCGGGCAUACAGCCGCAAGCCUGAGGCUUCCGACGGAUGCAAGUAUGUACAGGACCGCAUCUGGAAGGAGAGAGAGAUGCUCUACGGUCUCUGGGACCAGGGUGCGCGCGUGUACGUCUGCGGCUCCAACCACGUCGCCGAGGGCGUGAAGGAAGUGGUGUCAAAGGCGGCGCAGGAGAAGAGUGAGAAGGACGACGGGAAGGCUAUGACGGAGGAGGAGCUGGAGGAGUGGUUCAACAACAUCCGCAAUGAGCGGUACGCGACUGAUGUCUUCGACUGA